AUGAGGAGCCGGUCGACGGUGUCUCCAAAAUGGCGGCUCCGCCUCCAGGUUUCCAGGACACGAUGCAGGCGGCCGCCACGAUGUCUCAGGCGGCCGCCUACAUGCAGCAGCCGGGCGGCGUGCCGCCCCCCGCCCGCUCAGGGCGGGAAGGGCGCCGCCGUCAGCAUCCGCUUCGACCCCUCCUACCUGAAGACCACCUCCGGAAUACUCAAAGUCCUCGAAUGCGUGAAUAACGUGGUCGGCAUGAUCUGCAUCAUGGCCUCUUCGUGCUCGUGGUGCAGCAACAGCAACUGGUUCAACUUCGUGGCGUCGACGGGGCUGACGGUGACGCUGCUGCUCCUGCUGCUCUACUUCUUCCACCUCGUCGAGCGGCUCAAGUUCGUGCCCUGGCUCGCCAUCGAGCUGCUGUACGGGGCCACGUGGACGCUGUUCUACAUGAUAGCGGCGCUCGUCGUCGCCGUCAAAGGAGGAAGGGAUGACGCCUGGGCAGCUGCCGGGUUCUUCGGGUUCGUGGGCGCCAUCUUGUACGCAGCGGACUGCUACAACAAGUACAAGAGCUGGCGGGACGGCGUUCCGGCGCAGGGGGAGAAGCAGCUGGGAGCCAUGGGGAUGCCCCCCGUCUCGCCCUCCGGCGCCAACUACGCCGCCUACUGAGGUGCAGGAAGGACCCCGUUUCCCUCUGAUGACAAAGUUGCUGCCGAUUUGUGGGCAGCAACACUCACACCUGCUUCCCUUAUGGAACGGAACAGAGGCACCAAGCAGCGUUCGAAACAGACCACUGGAAACAUCGCUUCGAACGCGCUUCUGCCGCAGAAAGAACACUGUAGAAACUAUAUAAAAAGAACCCCGGGCAACCCCAGUAGAACUACGGUGCAUGGAAUAAAAAUCGAACAGUCUAGUUCCUCCCCCCGAACGGUGACUUCACUCUCAUAUUGACUGUAUCUAGGAAUCUUAGCUUCUUUCGUUGUGUGUGGCCUCGUGCCGCCAUCUAGUAG